AGCGAGCGAGCGCGCGCGGGUCCUGGGAAGGCAGACUCCCUAAGCGUCAAGAUGUUCUUUACCUGUGGCCCCAACGAAGCCAUGGUCGUCUCAGGUUUUUGCCGCAGCCCCCCAGUGAUGAUUGCUGGUGGCCGUGUGUUUGUCGUACCAUGCGUACAACAGAUCCAGAGGAUCUCACUUAACACCCUGACCCUAAAUGUGAAGAGUGAGAAAGUUUACACCCGACAUGGAGUCCCCAUUUCAGUCACUGGCAUCGCGCAGGUGAAGAUCCAGGGCCAGAACAAGGAGAUGCUGGCAGCUGCUUGCCAGAUGUUCCUGGGCAAGUCUGAAGCAGAAAUUACCCAUAUUGCUCUGGAGACCCUGGAAGGGCAUCAGAGAGCCAUCAUGGCCCAUAUGACAGUGGAGGAAAUCUACAAGGACCGUCAGAAGUUUUCAGAGCAGGUCUUCAAAGUGGCCUCGUCUGACCUAGUCAACAUGGGGAUCAGUGUGGUCAGUUACACCCUCAAGGAUAUCCACGAUGACCAGGAUUAUCUUCAUUCUCUGGGGAAAGCCCGAACUGCUCAGGUACAGAAGGAUGCCAGGAUUGGAGAAGCUGAAGCCAAGAGGGAUGCUGGCAUCAAGGAAGCAAAGGCCAAGCAAGAGAAAUUGUCUGCUCAGUUCUUGAAUGAUAUUGAGAUGGCCAAAGCCCACCGAGAUUAUGAGCUGAAGAAGGCUACUUACGAUAUCGAGGUGAACACACGGAAAGCAGAAUCUGACUUGGCCUAUCAGCUCCAGGUGGCCAAGACCAAGCAGAAAAUUGAAGAGGAGAAGAUGCAGGUCUUGGUGGUGGAGCGAACUCAGCAGAUUCAGAUCCAGGAGCAGGAGAUGACCCGUAAGGAACGUGAGCUGGAGGCCAGGGUCAAGAAACCAGCCGAAGCGGAGCGUUACCGGUUGGAGAAAUUAGCCGAGGCUGAAAGGAUGCAGCUCAUCAUGCAGGCGGAGGCGGAGGCAGAGGCCAUCCGGGUGAAGGGCGAGGCUCAGGCCUACGCAGUUGAGGCCAAGGCCCGGGCCGAUGCUGAGCAGAUGUCUAAGAAGGCAGAAGCUUUUAAGCAGUAUCAAGAGGUCGCCAUGGUGGACAUGCUUCUGGAGAAGCUUCCGGAGAUAGCUGAAGAGAUCAGCAAACCGUUGGCUUCCGUGAGUAAGAUCACCAUGGUGUCGAGCGGAAACGGAGAUGUGGGUGCCGCGAAGAUGACUGGGGAAGUGCUGGAAAUCAUGAAUAAGCUGCCUGAAACUGUUGAGAAACUGACCGGUGUUAGCAUCUCUCAGAUGAAUCGGAAGAAACCGGGACGGAUGAACUGAGGACAAGGAAAAGUCUCAAGAGUGAACAUCCGAGAUCAACAUCAAUAUGCACCCAUAUUUAGCGUUCCUCCUAUCGUCACCCUCCUGUGAAUGCCAGACCUUUAUUAUGGACAAGAUUGUUGCAUGUUGAUCAUUAUCCACAAAUGCUGAGGUCUUGUCACUCCGCUGAACCACUGUGAUAAUAGCUGGGGAUGUCACAGUGUAGACCUGGCAAUAUAUUGAUUUCCACCACUUGUGGAAAUGUUCCUUGAUGCUGUUCCUUUCCUGGAGUCUGCUGUCCACUAGAUAUUUCUUUCCCCCCAAAUAACCUAUCCUAGAGGAUCUAAAAGUGGCUCUACUUCUAAAAAGGCUGGGAAGGAUGUAAGAAUGGAAUAAGGAUAAAGGUGAAAUCCAAGACCUGGUGUUUUUUUUUAAGGCUGGACAGUGGAUUUCUGACAAAAUAAAGUCAUUUAGGCCUUUGUUCAGUAGUUUCUCUAAGGAGCUGUCACCUAUGUACAGAAAGGAUUCAGUUUUACAGUCCUUAUUAAACCUAGUGAUGUGUGGGGUUUCCCAGUUCUGUUUAUCUAAACCAGAGGUGGGGAAGGAUGGCCCUUUUACGACUUGUGGACUUCAGCUCAGGAAUUCUGGGAGUUGAAGUCCACACACGGUAAAGGGGCCAUCGUCCCCCACCCCUGAUCUGAACCUUCCCAGCUUGCUCGAUAGAUCAACAUUUUCUCCAUUUGUGCCAUAGUGUUUGGUGCUACGCAUAGCUAAGAUUCCUCUACUUAGCAAACUUCUUCCAUUUUGCUCUUUGUCUUUUUUCUUCUGUCCUCUCUUCAUCACCACCACCCCAGUCCUUAAUCUCACUUUUUGGGGGGAGCCUGUGUCCAUAGCAGCUUUCCUAUAUUAAAUCAGAAAGGUCUCCCUGCCAGAGAGACAAUCCACACUGCGACAGGAGAUCCCUCUGGAUGAACGUUCUAAUAAGCGUCUCGCAUGUUCAUCUCCUCUUAAAAUCAUCAUCUGAACGUGCCUUAUAUCUGUUUUAACUAACGGAGUAGUUAUACAUCAUCAUUUCCCUAAAAGGGGAAAAACGUGAAGGUUCCCCAUUUUCACUGCUUGUUACCCCUCUUCUAAUUUUUUGAACUCUUCCCCGAAGCUUUUCAGUUUUGUACCCUGACCUCUGACGCUGUCAUCUUUGCUCAUUGUCCCAAACUGUUACAGGGGCCAUUUGCUCAUGAAGCACACUUGGUCAGACAGUAGCCCUUCUACAAUGGCUUAAAUAUCACCCCUGGACCUGUGCUUCUGAAUUCACAUAUGUCGGGUUUGGCCUGCUUGCUUGUAUGUUGUGGUCUCAGCAUGGUGCCUUGCCUAUGUUCGUCUGAAGAGAAGGACAGUCCGUCCUUGAUGCUACUGAGAUCCUUGACUAAGAAUAAAGUGCAAGAUUAAUGCC